UUUGCCUCUGAAUAGCUGUCAUAAACUGCAAAUGAGUUGCGCGUCAGAUGGAUAUAGGGACACGAUGUCAGCGUGCCUCUCCGUCCUGGCAAUUCUGUAUAUAUCUGUGUGUGUGUCGUGGGGUCAACUCGUUGUGAACGUGAAAAACCGAGGCGGGGAUGUGAUUGUAGAGAGCAUCAACGCAAACACUACAGACGACACAAUUCAGUUGGAAUUUAAAACUGCGGACGGAACAUUUGUUACACAGUUUAUCGACUUUAAAUCGGAAGUACAGAUUUUACGUGCCUUAAUUCUUGGGGAAGAAGAAAGAGGACAAACUCAGUACCAAAUUCUUUGUUUUGUGUUGCGGUUUGUCAAAAAUGAAUUUAUAUCAUCAGAUGCAAUGUCGAAGUUGAGGCAGAAAAACCCAAGUGCAAUUCGCACGCCGGAGGAUGACAGAGGGCAGGAGCUUCAGCAGCUGGAUUUACUCGUGGACCUGGACAAGUCACAGAUGAUCAGCCCUGUGAUCUAUGACAUGUGUCGUGAGGCGAAGGACACCACCUUCACAAAGGAAGCCGAUGUCAAACUGCUGUCUAAAUUUCUUGGCAAGGAUGCUAGUACUCUUGCUUCAGCGACCAAACAUUUCCCUUUCACAAAACUGCCGCGGUGCUCUGAACUGGUUGACCUCAGCAAGCCAUGUUUGUGUCACUAUGAGAUCUGUGUAGGCUGGUAUCCUUGUGGUCUUAAGUACUGCAGGGGGAAAGACUCGACUGGGCGAGUGGUCAGCUAUCGCUGUGGCAUCAAGACGUGUCGCAAGUGCCGCGUGUUUGAGCACUAUGCAAGACAGAAAAUGCUGUGUAUUUGGGAUGAAGUAUGAAGCAGAGCUGAGUCCAAGAAGACCUGUGAUACUAAGCUAAAAACCCAAUAAAGAAUGCCCAAAGUAUCAUUCACAAAGACUCGUACCUGAGCAGCACAUCUUCAUUAGGCAGAAGAUAAGGUAGUCCUGCCAAGAUCUUCCUCAUUUGAAUAUUGUUGGUCAGAAUGUAAUUCUGAACAAUACUUUGUUAAGUCAACUGCAUGGCCUUAGGGCACUUCAUGGAAAAGUAGCGUAUUUUUGUACAUUAUGAGCACUAUCUGUCUUGUGUAAUUUGAAAAACACACAAUCACACUUGUGCUGGACAAUCUAUAUAUUUUUUUACAAAGACAGACAUGUUUUAUACAUAGACAGACUUGUUUUAUACGCAAACAGACUUGUUUUAUACGCAGACACUUGCUUUACAUGUUGACAUACCUGCUUCAUAUGUAGACAGUAUACAUAAAAGAUGUCCAAGUUUGUUUUGUUAAAUCUUGACUAUCACAAAAGUUCAGCAUUUCUGCAAAGAGUAGUGCCCCUUUCCCAUUUUCCUGGGGUUUAGGACCUUAGGGAUCAGUUUAUAUUCUCCCUUUUAAUAAAUGAUUCAACAUAAUAUUUAGUGAAAGGCUCAAUGUAGCCUUGUGGAGACCAGUAGAUAGAUUCUGUAUUGUGGGAGUAGCAUUGUUGUUUAUGACAGACAAUACUUCUGUGUAACCCUUAUACCAGUAUGCAGACCAAACCAUGGAACAAGUGGGAAAAAGGAGCUGUAUGAUCUGUAACCUCCUCACUCUGUAUUUCAACUCCUGGAGGCAGGAAAAGCUCUGUAUUUACCUGCAAUGGUUGAAGAUAUUAUCAUGAUAACUUUGGGGGUAGCUGCUUUAGUCUGUCUUUAUAUGACAAAAGCAAUAAAUGGUGGUGAUUAGUGGUGAAUGAUCAACAGUGAAAAUAGUGUAGGGCAAGCUUCAACUGGUAGUGCAGGCCUAUAUCAGCUGGGUCAGAAUUAGUUUACACCUGACAAAGCUGAUAUACACUGUACAUUACUUUCCAGUGUUACUCUUUAGUGUGGCUCCAUCACUUUUGUUAGUUUUAUCAGGAUGACGUGUGGACUCUACUCAGCACUAGAUGGUUGAGCAAUGUAAUGAAGGCCAAAUUAUGCAAUGUGAUGUGAAGAAACUGUGGAGCUGAUGUUUGAUUAGAUAGAUCUCUGAUGUUUGUUUGGAUGAAACUGUGAUGUUUGAUUGGAUGAAACUGUGAUGUUUGAUUGGAUGAAACUGUGAUGUUUGAUUGGAUGAAACUGAGAAUGUAUUCACCAGGAUUGCAAUAGUUGGUGUGUGAAGUGUAGAAUUUAUGUGUGAGAAAAUAGGUGAUCAGCUAUACACUCUUAUUGUACACUUUUAUUACAUCUGAUCAACCGCACAUAAACAGUCACUGUAUGUGAUAUUUGAUUAACUGCACGUGCAUUAUGUGUGAUCAGCUGCUUCUAUAUUCAGUCUGAUCAGCUGCACCGGUAAUGUGUUGAAGAAUAAUAGUGAUUCAUUCUGUCAAAUG